AUGGCGCCCGGGCCACUUAACCCUUUGACGGUCCUGGAGCACUGCCAGGUCUCGCCGUCGCCGUUGCCACCGGCCGGGAAGCCACGGACACUGCAGCUCACCUUCUUCGAGCUCGUCUUCUGGGACGUCCCGCCCGUGCAGCGCCUCUUCUUCUACGACAACGCCGACCUCCUCAGCGCCCCCGAGUUCCUCCUCCACGAGCUGCCCCUGUUCGAGAAGUCCCUGGCCGCCGCGCUGCACCACUUCUAUCCCUUGGCGGGGAAGCUGGUGUGCGGCAUACCGGAGGCCGGGGCGCCCGAGGCCGAGGCCGAGGCGACUCGCUUGGGGAUGAUGAAUCCACCAGGUGGCCACGCCCAGUACGUACCCUGGAGCCAGCAAAGCGUCGGCUCUCCGUUCGGCUUCUCGUCAUCGCCGCAACCAUGGGGAUGCACGCUGUCGCGGGGCUACGCCGAUAGGGACGCGCACGAUGGGUUCAACCCCAACGUCACCUUUCCCCAUGGACACCCGACCCAGCGCACGCCCUCGCCCGUCUUCGCCGGUGUGCAGUACCCUCUGAUGAAGCUACGCACCUAG